UUGACGCUUAAACCGAAGUUGCGAAUCUGUCGAGGUAAUUAAAUGGUUACAAGUCCCUCAAUCCGGAUAAUCAGACACAAUUACUUUUCAAAAAACUAAAACAGAGCUUAAGCAAACACGUCCAGCUGUGUUUAUUGUAACAUAAUGUGCUCUGAAACGAAGACGUGAGUGUGCGCGCUGGAGACGCAGUCGCUGGACUGUCAAUGCCCGGAUUCUCUAUUGAUAAUGCUAAUGUAUGGAGAUAUAACUUCUUAAAAUAAGCAGAAAUGUGGCCGGCUCGCUUUCUUCUCUUCUUCUGCCUCGUCGUCAUACUUGUGGUGGUUCAGAGGAGCAGCGGGCAGUCAGUGUGUCCUGGCACUGACAACAAGCUCAGCACGCUGUCGGAUUUGGACCAGCAGUACAAAACUCUUCGCAAAUUCUACGAAAACUGUGAAGUGGUCAUGGGUAAUCUGGAGAUCACCAGUAUUGAAAGAAACCGCAACCUUUCAUUCCUCAAGUCCAUCCGUGAGGUGACGGGUUAUGUGUUGGUGGCUCUGAAUCAGUUCGACUAUCUUCCUCUGGAGAACCUGCGGAUCAUCCGUGGCACUAAACUGUAUGAAGGACGCUACGCUCUGGCCAUCUUCCUCAACUACAGGCGAGAUGGCCAGUUUGGCCUUAAACAACUCGGCCUCAAGAACCUGACAGAAAUCCUGAAUGGAGGUGUGUAUGUGGAUCAGAAUAAGUUCCUGUGUCAUGCUGACACCAUCCACUGGCAGGACAUCAUCACAAACUCACGUUCUGAACUUCUGGUUGUGCCCUCAAACAAUAGUGGUAACACAUGCAGAAGGUGUCAUCGCUCCUGUAACGGCCGCUGUUGGGGCCCCCAGGAGGACCAGUGUCAAAGCUUGACAAAAACGGUGUGUGCAGAGCAGUGUGAUGGACGCUGUUUUGGGCCGUACGUCAGUAACUGCUGCCACCGUGAAUGUGCAGGAGGCUGUUUUGGACCCAAAGAUACAGACUGUUUCGCUUGUACCAACUUUAAUGAUAGUGGGGCCUGUGUGACACAAUGUCCUCAGCCAUUUGUCUACAAUCCAACAACCUUCCAGCUCGAACACAAUCCCAACGCCAAAUACACCUAUGGAGCUUUCUGUGUCAAGAAAUGCCCACAUAACUUUGUGGUGGAUCACAGCUCUUGUGUCAGAGCCUGUCCGAGUAACAAGAUGGAGGUGGAGGAAAAUCACAUCAAGAUGUGCAUCCCGUGCACUGACAUCUGCCCGAAAAUGUGUGAUGGUAUAGGUACCGGCAGCCUUCAAACAGCUCAAACUGUAGAUUCCAGCAACAUUGAGAUGUUUGUCAAUUGCACCAAGAUCAACGGCAACCUCAUCUUCCUGAUCACAGGCAUCAAAGGAGACAUGUAUCAUGGUAUCGGUGCUUUGGAUCCUGAGCGAUUAAAUGUGUUCCGGAACGUCAGAGAGAUAACAGGUUACUUGAACAUCCAGUCUUGGCCAGAGAACAUGACUGACCUUGGUGUCUUUUCCAACCUUGUCACCAUAGGAGGAAGAACACUUUAUAGUGGUAUUUCUCUGCUGAUCCUAAAGCAGCGCUGGAUCUCUGCGCUGAAGUUCCAGUCUUUGAGAGAGAUCAGCGCCGGUAACGUCUACAUGACCAACAACAGCCAGCUCUGCUUCUAUAACACAGUGAACUGGACCAGUCUGUUCCACACCAGCACCCAGAGAGCUCUGAUCAAGAACAACAGGGACCCAAGAGAGUGUACUCAGCAAAGGAUGGUUUGUGAUCCGCUGUGUUCAGUGGCAGGAUGCUGGGGUCCCGGUCCAGAUCAGUGUCUCUCUUGUAAAUACUUCAGCCGGGGAAGGACAUGUGUGAAAGCCUGUAAUCUCUAUGAAGGGUGAGUAAAAGACAGUUUGCACCCAGACUUCAGAUUAAAUGGGGUCAGUUAUUCAAAUGUACAUAGCAGAUUUAAAACAAAACAUUCAA